UACAUGGGCUGUGUGGAAGUGCUCCAGUCCAUGAGGGCUCUGGAUUUCAACACCAGGACACAGGUCACCAGGGAGGCCAUUGGGUUGGUGUGUGAGGCUGUGCCCAGUGCCAAGGGAGCCGUGAGGAGGAGGAAGCCCUGUGGCCGCUCCCUGAACUCCAUCCUGGGCAAGAGCAACCUGAAGUUUGCUGGCAUGCCCAUCACCCUGACCAUCUCCACCAGCAGCCUCAACCUCAUGGCCUCAGACUGCAAGCAGAUCAUUGCCAACCACCACAUGCAGUCCAUAUCCUUCGCAUCUGGGGGAGACCCGGACACAGCCGAGUACGUCGCCUAUGUUGCCAAAGACCCCGUCAAUCAGAGAGCCUGCCAUAUCCUGGAGUGUCCUGAGGGCUUGGCGCAGGACGUGAUCAGCACCAUCGGUCAGGCCUUCGAGCUGCGCUUCAAGCAGUACCUGAAGAACCCCCCAAAGCUGGUGACCCCUCACGACAGGAUGGCAGGGUUUGAUGGCUCUGCCUGGGAUGAAGAAGACGAGGAACCAGCCCCGGAUCACCAGUACUACAAUGACUUCCCUGGCAAGGAGCCUCCCAUUGGGGGGGUUGUGGACAUGCGGCUGCGGGAUGGGGCCGCUCAGACCCCGAAUCACUUGGGGGCCACGCUGCCUGUGGGCCAGUCCAGUGGGGAGCAUGACCCCCAGAAGCAGCACACUCCUGCCCAAGCAGGGAGAGAGAAAUACCCAGCUCCAGCGGGCACAUCUGGCCGCGUGGACCUGUUUGAUGACCCAUCCUAUGUCAACGUGCAGAACGUGGACAAGACACGCCAGGCCCCAGCCACGGGCACCACAACCACAGCCAAUGGCAGCACACAGAGGGACCUCUUCGACAUGAAGCCCUUUGAAGAUGCCCUGCGUGUACCCCCGUCCGUGCCCAUGGGGCUGCCCCCUGCCCAGGUGGUGGCCUCCAUGGAGGAGCAGCUGAGAAGAGAGCCCUGGUACCACGGGAAGAUGAACCGCAAAGAGGCCGAGAAGCUGCUGAAGGUGAACGGAGACUUCCUGGUGCGGGAGAGCACCACCACCCCGGGCCAGUACGUGUUGACUGGCCUGCAGGGUGGGCAGCCCAAGCAUCUGCUGCUUGUCGAUCCUGAGGGAGUGGUGCGGACAAAGGACCAUCGCUUCGAGAGCGUCAGCCACCUCAUCAGCUACCACAUGGACAAUCACCUGCCCAUCAUCUCAGCUGGCAGUGAGAUGUGCCUGCAGCAGCCGGUGGAGAGGAGACUGUGAGCGCCCGGUGGGCCCCGUGCGCAGCCCCCCCAGUGCACAGACCUCUGGCCCUGUUCCCUGCCCCAGGGAGCCCUCAGACUGCUGGGUGCUCUGCCCGGGACUGAGCAUGGACUUGGCUGAGGACAGGGCCUGUCUCCCUUCACCCCGUGAGACUGGUGGCCAUGGGGGGCUCAGGCUAUGAGCGCCUGUGGGAUGGGGGCUGCUAGUGCACAGCCCCUGCCCCUCCACAGCCCCUUUGCACAGCAGCUCAGCUCCCACCAAAACCCAGCCCUGCUGCUGUGCCAUGGCCACUCUGGUGCUCUCCAGCACGGGCUUGGGUCUGGCAGGUCUGAGCCCCCCUGAGCUGGAGGCAGCCUGGCCUUGUCUCUGGCCCCUGGGCCAAGGAAGGGGGCCCAUGGGGGGCUCGACUCCCCCAAGCACGAGGCCCAGCUGGCCCCACAGCGACUGUACCGGAUCACUUUACGUGUUAACUCUGUGCCUUGACCCCGCAGGUCCCACACACUUAUGCAAGGGCAGGGGCUGGGGACAGAGUCCCCCCCACUCCCCCCCGCACUCAUCCCCCCUCCGUGCCAUGCUCAUGCUCCAGGACUUGUGCCACGACAUCCCCUCCCUGCACGGGCGGCUCUGGCAGCCUCGGAGGGGUGGCGGGAGGACCCCCCUGCAUGCACAGCCUAACCCCCCUCCAAGCCAAAGCACGGCCCUGCCCUCCUCCUCGCAGUCCGGGGCCCCCUGGCCCCACUAUACCAAAGGAACU